CCGCCCGUGAGUGCGAGUGGCCGGAGCGACCGGCGGAAGCGCGGACCGGGCUGGGGGCGCAGGAGGCACCGCCCGUUGCCCAUGCGCCGGGCGCUUCUCCGGUGAGCGCGGAUUCCCGCUGCCCGCCCUGUGGCCCGUCCCCGGCGGCACCGGACCCUGCGUGGCCCCUAAGAUGGCGAGCGGGAUGAAUGGCCCGGGCGGCGGCGGCGGCAGUGGCGGCGGCGGCGGCGGCGGCGAGGAGGAGCCGGGGGCCCGGCACACGGGAGGCGGAGCCGCGCCCCAGCAGGAGCCCGGCGUGCUCGGCGCGGUGGCGGGCGAGGGGGAGCCGGCGGCGGGCGAGGGCGGGCGCUGCCCGUCCCCUCAGCCGCACCACCUGCUGCUGCUGCUGCGGCGCUCGCCCAGCGCCUCGCUGUGCCCGGCGCCCGAGGCCGCGCCGGGCCGGGCCGUUCCCUCAGCGGGCCGCGGCGGGCAGCCCCCCCCGGCGGGCCGCGGCGCCGGCGAGGACGUGAGGAAGUGCGGGUACCUGCGGAAGCAGAAGCACGGGCACAAGCGUUACUUCGUGCUGCGGGCCGAGAGCCACCUGGCCCCUGCCCGGCUGGAGUACUAUGACAGCGAGAAGAAGUUCAAGAGCAGCCUGCGGGCGGCGGGGGCCGGCGGGGCGGCCGCGCUGUGCUGCCCCCCGCCCAAGCGGGUCAUCCCCCUGUACCAGUGCUUCACCGUGAGCCGCCGCGCCGACGCCAAGCACAAGCACAUCAUCGCCCUGUACACCAAGGACGAGUACUUCGCCAUGCUGGCUGAGAACGAAGCGGAGCAGGAGGCCUGGUACCAGGCCAUCAGCGAGCUCAUGAAUCAGAGCAAGAGGGGCUUCCUGGAGCAGGAGGACCAUGCCGAUCAGCAGGUGGACGAGGAUGAUGAGCACUACGGGGCCACCCUGAGGCCUGGCACCGUGUUCAAGGAGGUGUGGCAGGUCAACGUGAAGCCCAAAGGCUUGGGACAAACGAAAAACCUCACUGGAGUGUACAGGUUGUGCCUCUCCAGCAAGGCCAUCCACCUUGUCAAGCUGAACUCCGAGGUGCCCUCUGUUCACUUGCAGCUUAUGAACAUUCGCCGCUGCGGACACUCAGAGAACUUCUUCUUUAUUGAAGUGGGCAGAUCUGCCUCCAUUGGACCCGGGGAGCUCUGGAUGCAAGUGGAUGAUUCGGUUGUUGCCCAAAAUAUGCACGAGACCUUUCUGGAUACCAUGAAAGCUCUAAAGGCCUUUGCAGAGUUCAGGCCCCGAAGCAAGAGCCAGUCCUCUGGUGGUGGCAGCGGUACCAAUCCCAUCUCCUUCAUCACCACCAGGAGGAACUUGGGCAACCUACCACCCAGCCAGACAGGCUUGCAGAGAAGAUCUAGAACUGAGAGCGUUGCUGGAGGGACUCCUCCUACCACCAAAAGCAACAACUCCUAUCGCUUCAGAACGUCCAGUGAAGGAGAAGGAACCAUGACCAGACCUUUCAGGUCAGUGACUGGGAGUCUGAUCCACCUGAAUACUGCAAGGAUGAAUUUGGGCCGGCAAGAGGGGAGCGCAAGGUACGUGAGAGCUGCUUUCAGCUCAUCUUACCACACCAGGUCUGCUUCGCUGCCUGUUUCUCAUUUUCCCUCCACCACAAGUCCCAUCAGUGUUUCUUCCAGCAGCGGCCAUGGUUCUGCUUCGGACAUGCUGACCAGGCCUUCUAGCUCAUCUGUUUGUGGUUCCCCGAGUGAUGGGGGAUUCAUCUCUUCUGAUGAGUAUGGCUCCAGCCCUGGAGAUUUCAGGUACUUUAGAGUGAGGAGUAACACACCAGAUUCCCUGGGAAACACACCACCUAUCAGAGAGGAGAACUGCCUGAGUGAAUACAUGUCCAUGAAUAAGCAACAGGGAGACGAUGGCUCAAGAGAUGAUUAUAUGGAGGCUGAAAAAUGUUUCAGGAAAAGAACUUACUCUCUAACAAAGCCGACUUCUGUAGCAGUGCAGCAGAAGACAACACAAACUACAGCUUUGUUGGAUGAAGAUUCUGCAGGAAAUCACGGACGAUUACUUUACUCUGAAACACCAAAAUUGAAAGAUAACCAUGAAUUGGAGUACAGUGACACUAACCUUGAUUCCAUGAGUAACCAAAGCAGGAAUAAAGCCAGGGAUGAUGGGUACAUGCCAAUGAUGCCAGGAGUUGCAUCUUCUCUGUCCAGCACCAGCGAUUAUUUGCCAAUGACUCCUAAAAGCAUGUCUGUUCCAAAACAGAUUAACAAUUCGUGGUCACCAUCUCAGGUUGACUCCCGAGGCUAUAUGAUGAUGUUUCCAAAGGACAGCUCUUCACCUGUACGGAGUCCUUUAACUGGAUUUGCUUCUAAAGGAAGUAAUGAGAAGAUUGUAAACAACGAGUAUAUGGAUAUGUCACCUGGUAAUUCAGUUCCAAAGCACCCCAGUGAUUCAAAUUAUAUUCAUAGUGCUUCAGUUUCCAAAGGGUUUAGUUCAUAUUUUUCUUUGCCCCGAAGCUUUAAGGCGUUAUCAGGACAAAAUGGUGACCACAGUGAAUAUGUUCCAAUGUCUUCACCUGGAAAACUCUUGUAUGAUGCACCAGAAAAUGUAAAGGGGGGCAGCAGUGAGACUCUGGCCAAUGGCAUCUCUAAAUUGCCAACAUUUAAAGGUUCAAAUGAAGGACUUGUGCAGAGCAGGGCUGCCAGGCCCACACGGCUGCCCCUGGGUACGAGGGGGAGUAACACCAUCCCCAGGAUGUACGAUCGUACAGUUCCACCCGAGCCAGCGAGUCCUGGUGAAUACAUCAACAUCGACUUCAAUGAAAAGGCGAGUAACACACCCUAUUCCCUGUCUGCAGAAGGAUCUCCAUCCUCUCUGGGCUCGAGCAGUGACCACAGACAGUCUCCGCUCUCUGAUUACAUGAGCGUUGACCUGGAUGUGCAGUCACCGAAAGCAGCGAAGGAACUGUCGAACUCUCUAACAGAUAUUUCAAUUUAUGCAAGUUCCAGUAUUCCUAGAAACCAACCCAACCCUGACUAUGCCAGGCUUUCAUUUGGUGCUGCCUGUGUGAGCACGGCGAGUAACAGGACUGAUGACUACACCGAGAUGACGUUCAACAUGGCAGCAACACCACCCAGGCCGUUUGCCGCCGAGUCUGACAGUGCUGUGAAGAUCGAUAGCCCUUCUUCCAUCGUUAACAGACUCUGCAUUGUUGAUCGAUAUGCUGGUAGCAGUAGCUUCUCUGUCCCUAGCUCUGACCCUCCUGUAGGCCCCAAAGUGAUUCGAGCUGACCCUCAAGGCAGGAGGAGACACAGUUCUGAAACGUUCUCUUCUGCUGGCACCGUGACAACCUCAUCCUCUUUCUUUACUGACAGUAGCAAAAGACACAGCUCUGCCUCAUUCGACAACGUUUGGUUAAAACCGGAUGAGAACAUUUCUGACGGUCAGGAAGGCAAAAUGUCCAGGGAUACCUCAACUGGAUUUCAGAAUGGCUUAAACUACAUCGCUCUGAAUUUACGGGAUGACCCUGUGAGCUGUGAGGCGAGCACGACAGCGCCAGGCUGCCACCUCCAAAAUGGUACUUCAGCUUUGGACAGUGGGGCUUACGUAAGCAUAGACUUCAGCAGAUCAGAUGGGCUCAAGUGUAACGCUGCGAGAAAAGACUGAUUGCAUUGCCAUGGAAACCAUUGUUGGAAGAGAAGACUUUUCAGCUGGUAACUCCAGAAACUGUGUGGUGCUUUUGGAAGCAAAGCUCAGCUCCAGCUACUUUCAUUUCCACCAGCACGGACAUAGACACACAUCCUUUUCAUUCUUUUUUUUUUUCAUAGACAUUGGCUCUCUACAAUUGAAUUAAUUUGAAUUGACCUUUUUUCAUAGCUGUGCUUUGGUGAUGGAAUUUGGUCCUUCAUGUCAUAUCUAUUUGGGAGGCAGUGUGAAUGCUGAUAGGAGAUCCCUGGACGUCCCUUUCUUCUUCCUGCCUCUCCUGUUAAUUUUUUUUAAAAGAUUUAUAUUCUGAGAAGUCAAAGCUGGUUUCUGAUUGUCUGUUUAACAUGGGUUUUACUUCUCUGGUACAUUAACAAGUGGUUAGCUUAAAACAUGUAUUGCUUAGAAAUACUUUGGCAGUUCAGGAUUUUUCCAGGUGACUGGGCAGAAGGAGGGAGGGAGAGGUGCACAGGAGCUUGAGGGGUGAACCCAUGGGACUGGAUGGGUCUGAGGAAAAGAGACCUCUUCUGCCUUUUUUUUCUUUUUUUUUAAAGGUUUUGCUUUUAUGGUACAAGAGGUAUUUCUUGAGCAUAGGCUAGAGGCUUUUAAAUCAAGUGUCUGUCAGAGCUUAAAUGGAAUAUUUUUUUUUUUGCUCAGAAUUUUGGUAUGUACAAAGUAGGAUUAAUGGGCUGGUUGUCUUGUAGAUUGUUUUUGUUCUUGUUUAUAAAUAUAAAUUGUGUAAAACGAGGUUUUUGUUCAUGGAUUCGAAUGGAGAACUGCGGAGUCGUAUCCAAUGUUUGUGACUUCUGCAUUAGACCUGUCAGCUGUAGCUUUUUAAAGGGAAACCACCCUAAUUGAUCUUACUUUUAAUUUGGGACUAUUUUUGUUCUUUCUUUCUGGCAUAAUGGGGAAAAAAAGGUAAAAUGUUGGCUUAUCAAUUGUCUUUAUCCCACUGACAGAAACGUGAACAAUGACUAUUUGACAUUUUUAAAAUAAGCCCUGAUUUUUCUACAAUUUAAGCGCUUCACUCUUGUACUGAAAUUUUUAAAUUUUUUUUGGUUGAAAUGAGCUUAGCUUUUUAACACUGCAAUUUAAAAGAGCAUGACACUAGUCAUUGGUACAUGCAAUGGAUUCUGCAAGGCACUGACGAUUGCUCCAGGGUUUCAAAGUGGUACUCACCAAUAAAUCCUCGUGCUGUGCUGCUCCCAGAGCUGGGAAUGCUGCAGGGGCUGCUGGACACGGGCUGUGCCAGGCUCAGCUCCAGCACACACCUCUGAUUUCUGGUACAGUUUGUAACAAAUCAGGCACGGGUCUGUGUCUGAGCAGCAGUGAAAUAAAUGUGCAGGUCACUGAAACACCAGAGAUGGUUUUUUUGGGAAAUGUGGUACCAGUGAGUUCACACAGUGACAGGGUUCAAAAGCACAGACCUGGUUUUGAUUCUGGAAGAGAAGCUUCAGUUGGUACAAUUUACUUGCUGCUAAACAUACAGGAAUUAAAACCACGACCACUCUCACAGACCAUGAUACUGUCUUGCCAUAGAGCUGUUGGUUGGUCUCAUAAAUGAAUAAUGCAAUACGUAGACAGCUUUUUAUAAAGCUUUACAUCUUUUCUAAGAAAUCAAAAUUUGGAUCAAGGUAGUUCUAAACAUUUAAAUGUGAAAGGAAAAGGUUGUUUUGAAGAAAUUUGUUACAUACUUAUUUCAUAUUAGAUUCCCUGAGGCUGCCAUUGUACAAUAUACAGCACUGAUUUAAUACAUGCUGAAUAAAUAAGUAAAUGGGUAACCUCAAGUGUAGUGGUACAAAUACUAAUAGGUACGGCAUAAUAAAUAUGCAAUCUUUUUGAAUCUCUUAGUUUACAGCAACUAAUUUAUUCAGUAUUGUGCUGGAAGAACAUUUUCAGAUGAUGUAAAACAUAUCACUAUAUAUAUUCUACCUUCCAGCUACCCGUUUAUGCUGCUGUAUAGUACAAAAAUACCAAUGAUAGAACAAUGUUUGUCCUGUAAAUUUAAUUUGAUAUUGGACAGUUAUUGUCUGUACAAACUAAAACAUAUAUGGUUGAAACUGUUCAUUAUAUUUGCUAUUUCUGCUCCACAGAUCUGUUUUAAAGUUGGGCUGAUUGAUCUGGCUUUGUCUUCCAUUGUAAAUAUUGUUCUGUUGUUUUCUUUGUAAAACACAUCGCGUCUGCGGUUUGGGAGACUGGCUUGAAGCUCUGUAUAGUGUUUAUAUUUAUCUGACUUGGCUUUCCAUAGAGCUACUUGCAGUAAAUACGUGUUCAUGUA